AUGGAGGAAGAAGAAGACAUAUUUGCAUUCGACUCGCUAUUCUACACAGAACCAAACAGUAGAGAACAAGCGAAGGUCAGUUUGGUGGACCAAGUAUUUCAAAGAAAGCUGUAUUUCUGUCCCACACAUGUGAUAUAUCCGUCGACCCAUACUCUCGAUCGACUGCAUGCGAAGAUUCUAGUUGACACCAUCGAUUCUGAGUAUAUUCGUUUUUUCUACGGUACUCCUCUCUGCAGCCGUUCUCGCGUGUGUGACAUCGUUCAGUUCCACGAGUAUUUGAUCGUUCUUUCUCGGAAAGGGGCUUGCCAAGCGUAUGACUGUCGAUCCUAUCGUCGCCACAUGUUUCUAAACCCCUCCAAGUUCGAUAUCAUUCAAACAGUUUUCGUGAAUCACUUGAAUGACCAGCUGAUCAUCGUGUCGUACCAUUGUGUGGAUGGAAAGAACGUUCUACAAUGUCGCAGUGUGACAGCGGAGUUGACUUUGCGUUAA